GCCACUCAGCCCCAUCGCCGUCGCCGUCGCCGUCGUCACCUGGCGGCGAUCGUAUCGCUCGUCCCCGAAAAAAAAUAUAUUAUUAGGCGAUGGCGGGGCAGUCACGGAAGUGGAUGAUUCUGGUGGCGACGAUAUGGAUUCAGGCGUUCACGGGGACCAACUUCGACUUCUCGGCGUACUCGUCGGCGCUGAAAUCGGUGCUCGGGAUAUCGCAGGUUCAGCUCAACUACUUGGCCGUCGCCUCCGACAUGGGCAAGGUCUUGGGGUGGUCGUCCGGCUUGGCUUUGAUGUACUUUCCCUUGUACGUCGUUUUAUUUAUGGCUGCGUUUAUGGGGUUCCUUGGAUAUGGAAUUCAAUGGCUUGUCAUCACUCAACUCAUUUCCUUGCCUUAUUUCCUGGUGUUUCUUCUAUGCCUGCUGGCCGGUUGUAGCAUAUGUUGGUUCAACACAGUUUGUUUCGUUCUUUGCAUUAGGAAUUUCCCAUCCAACCAACCUCUCGCCAUAUCACUAACCGUAAGCUUCAACGGCGUAAGUGCAGCCCUCUACACUCUCGCCGCCAACGCAAUCAACCCUUCAUCCCCUCCCUUGUACCUCAUCUUGAACGCCUUCAUUCCUCUCGUCGCCUCCUUCGCCGCCCUGAUCCCGAUCCUCCGCCAGCCCCCCCUCGACCCCCUCCCGCCCGACGGCGUCCGCCGCGACUCCCUAAUCUUCCUCAUCCUCAACGUCUUAGCCGUCCUCACCGGCCUCUACCUCCUCCUCUUCGGCUCAAAACCCUCCGACCCCGCCUCGACCGCCCGUCUCCUCUUCGGCGGCUCCAUCUUCCUCCUCAUCUUUCCCUUGUGCAUCCCCGGUGUCGUCUACGCUCGCGACUGGUUCUACCGCGCCGUAAACUCGAGCUUCAGCCUCGACGGCGGCUCGGGGUUUAUUCUCGUGGAUGUAGAUGAUCUUGAGCUCCACAAGGAGCUGAUGAUCACCCGCGAGGCGGCUAGUAGUGCUAAUGGGAAUGGAUCGGUACUUGAUAGUCCCUUGCUGAGCGAGAGUGUGGGUGUAUUGGGGUUAUUGAAAAAUAGCAGCACUACUUAUAGUAGUGCAAAAAUUAGCGAAGGGUGCUGCGAGACGAUGAUCGGGAAAGAUCGGCUGGCAAUGCUCGGAGAAGAGCAUUCGGCUCGGGAUCUUGUUCGGAGAUUGGAUUUUUGGUUGUACUUUGUGGCUUAUUUCUGUGGGGGUACGAUUGGCCUUGUUUACAGCAACAAUUUGGGGCAAAUUGCGCAGUCGCUGGGACAUGGUUCCAAAACGACGGCGCUCGUCACGCUUUAUUCAUCCUUCUCCUUCUUCGGCCGGCUACUUUCAGCUGCACCAGACUACGUACGCGCGAAGUUCUAUUUUGCAAGGACAGGAUGGUUGACCAUUGCACUUGUGCCGACACCGUUCGCCUUCUUCCUACUCGCGGCAUUGGGCAAUGCCGCCGCCCUGCAAGUUGGCACAGCGCUGAUCGGGCUGAGCUCGGGCUUCAUAUUUGCCGCCGCCGUCUCCAUAACCUCCGAGCUGUUCGGGCCAAACAGCGUAAGUGUGAACCACAACAUCCUCAUCACCAACAUCCCAAUAGGUUCACUCGUGUACGGCCUUCUUGCCGCCAUAGUUUAUGAUGCCAAUGGAAGCUCUGGCCUAAGAGAUGUAAUUACUGACUCGGCAGUGUGUAUGGGAAGGCAGUGUUAUUCCUCAACUUUUGUGUGGUGGGGUUGUAUAUCAGUCCUAGGGCUAGCUUCUAGCUUGAUGUUAUUCUUAAGAACUAGACAUGCCUAUGACCAUUUUGAACAUCAACGUACAUCGCAAUUGUACUAGCUAUGUGGCAAAUUGCCCAAUUGAUUACAUGUUAUGAUGAAUAAUUUUAUGUUGAUCAACCUGACGACGCAUUAACUUGUACAGAGAAUCUUUUUUACUUGUAAUAUUCGCUCUACAAUUAUUAAAGAGUUUAA